GCCGCGAUGGCGGGGCCGGGGCCGGGGCCGGGGCCGUACCGCGCCACCCGCCUGUGGAACGAGAUCACCAAGUACUUCCGAGCGGGAAUGCCCCUGAGGAAACACAGGCAGCACUUCAGGAAACACGGGAGCUGUUUCACUGCCUCGGAAGCCGUGGAUUGGCUCCAUGAGGUGCUCAGGAAUAACAGCAACUUCGGUCCCGAGGUGACCAGGCAGCAAACAUUGCAGUUACUGAGGAAAUUCCUCAAGAACCACGUCAUUGAGGAUAUAAAAGGGAGGUGGGGAGCUGAAAACCUGGAAGACAACGGUGCCCUGUACAGAUUUCCUUCAACAUCUCCGGUUAAACCUCUACCAAGCCCACCAAGAGAGAACUUGGAAAACUUCCCUGCAGACAAAGAAAAACUCUUUAAAUUGCCCCAUUUAUCCAAGAGGACUUUGAAAAAACACGAGUUACUGCAGUCCCUGGAAAACCUAGAAAAAACAAAGCCUGAUGUGAUAAAAGAAAACAAGGAAGACACACUACAAAGGAAGGAGAUAAGCCAGCAAUAUGUGCAAGAAACUUGGAGAAAUAUCAUUCUGAUACAUUUGCAGACCAUUCUGGGCCUCCCAUCGCUGGAGGAGGUUCUGCAGCCGGCACAGGUGGUCCCUGAGCACGUCAUGUACAACAUGAGCAACACCAGCAAACAUGGGGUGGUGAUUCUGCAGAACAAGUCAGAAGACCUCCCUCACUGGGUGCUUUCAGCUAUGAAGUGCCUCGCAUACUGGCCCAGAAACAAUGACAUGAGCCAAGCAACUUACAGUGGGUUUGAACGAGACGUGUUCAGAACAGUUGCUGAUUAUUUUCUCAGUCUCCCUGAGCCAUUACUUACUUUUGAAUACUAUGAACUUUUUGUUAAUGUUUUAGUUAUGUGUGGCUACAUCACAAUUCCAGAUCUGUGCAGUGGAAAACAUUCUGUCCAAGAUGAGAAAUGUGACCCACAGCCUUCAAAAACUCUUCACUUGAACUCUUUCAAGUCAACUGAGUGUCUUCUCCUAAGCCUGAUCCACAAAGAGCCUGACAAGAAAAAGAAAGAUGAAGCUUCCAGAAGGUUUUCUUCAGAAGAGCUGACUGUCCAAAACCAACACACAAAAACAUGGCAGCAAUAUAAACUGAGACAGCAGCAAGGUAGUGCUGGUAAUCUGAUAGGAGGAAGCUGCCAGAAUCUUUCAGGUGUCAGGAAGGAACAAGAUCCACCUGGAGCCUUUAGGACAAGGUGUUACUCCUUGGAAAGAAUCGGAGCUGCUCCUUCAAGUGUGUGUGGUAAAGGAGGAUGCGAUUCCUUCAGGGAAGGUGGUGUGAACACCAUCACAAGAAAUGGAAACCAGUCAUUGCUGUGUGAGCACAAAGCUAAUUCUGUGUUGGAGCUGGGCUGUGAUAACAUCUGUCAAACACAAACCCAGGGCAUCAAGAGAGUGUCUGCCUCAGCUCUGCAGGGUGAGCUGUUGGAUGGCACUCACGUGUCAAAGCAGAUGUGCUGCUCUCUGAGUUCACUGGGCAAGAGGAACUGCAGGAGCUGCACAGCCAUUAACAGACCAGUUGCUGAAAUCAUAGUAAAGCCAAGGGCUCAGCUCUGGGAGCAAGGAAACCCAAAUCCCUCUGGGGUGGCUGCUUCAGUGGACGUCAGGACUGAGGAUUCCGAAAUCACCAUCAAAAAGAGACUCUGCAGAAGCAGCACAGAACUCUCAGAAAGCUCUUUCACCCCCUCCCCUUGUGUGUUGACUGGCACGCAAAAUCUCCUGCAGCCUCACUUGGAAAGGAUUGCUGUGGAAGCUCUACAGAUCUGCUGUUUGCUGCUUCCACCCCCAAACCGUAGGAGGCUCCAGCUUCUGAUGCGGAUGAUCGCUCGGAUCAGUGGGAAUGUUGACAUGCCACGGCUGCACGAUGCCAUGGGCAACAGGUCCUUGCUGAUCCAGACAUUUUCCCGCUGUGUGCUGCGCUGUGCAGAGGAAGUGGACCUGGAUGAGCUGCUUUCUACACGACUGGUUUCAUUUCUGAUGGACCAUCAGCAGGAAAUAUUCCAGGUCCCAAUUCACCUGCAGGUCGCUGUGCGAGACCACCUUGAAUAUGUGCGGGUGGCUCAGUGCAAAUGUCCCAAGGAAGAAAUUUGUGCCGUAUUGCCAACGUAUUCGUACUGCAAACAAAUCACUCCUCAGGAGUUCGAGGAACAAAAGGUUUCUACCUCUCAAGCUGCAGUGGCAGAGCUCUUGGAGAACAUUAUCAAGGAUAAAAAUUUGUCUGUGAAAGACAAAAAGAAAAAGUUAAAACAGUUCCAGAGGGAAUACCCCCAGAUCUACCAGAACAGGUUCCCAACGACAGAGAGCGAAGCGAUGCUGCUGGAGAACAAACCCACCAUCAAGCAGCCCAUGCUCAGCCUGAGGAAGCCCAGGUUCCGGAGCCUGAGGUAUUAAUGUCACCACACUUGAGCCAUUUAUCUCCUGGAUGGGAGUCUGAAUGAUUCACCAGAGGAAUUGCUGCAGGAAUUUGAUUCUGGCUGUGUGUAGAAGGAAGAAAUGUUUACAUGGACACUGUGCUGAAAGGUGCCAAAAUACUCUUGGUUUUUAUGCAGAUAUUUUUGAAUAACUUCUAAGAGAGAAAUAUUUAUCUGUUUACAAAUUAUUACAAUAUAGCGUGUGUAGGAAAAGGUGAAAAUAAGCACGAAGCUGUUGUUAACCAAAAAUUUAUAUAUGGUUUUCUAUGGGAAACUAAUGACCUGCCUCUUGUAACCUUUUAAUAUCUGGUCAGGAAUUUGUGUCAUUUAUUGUAGUUUGUGUAGGUUUUAAUGUCUGUGUGUUGUGACUAAGUGCCUUCUCUAUUCUCAAAAUAUUUGUCUUUAAACAAAAGAAGUUCUGUGAGUUCAGGACCAGGAGAGCCAGAAGUUCACCAUGAAUUUUCUGCCUCCCUAAAAUGCUUGUGUUUAUCUCAUCUGUAAAA